AUGGGAUCGAAAAACCCCGAAGGCCACCAGCAGGCCCCUGAUGCCUCCCACGAGCUCAAGCCUGCCAACCCCGACCCCCAGGUCCCCCAAAACCGCUCGAGCUCAGCCGACCUGGAUCGCGGAAUCGUCAGCGAUGAGGAUGACGACGAUGCCGAUAAUAAAGCCGGGGUGAUCCCCCCGGUUUCCAGUGCUGAAAAGAAAAAGAAACGCAAACGGUCCAAGAAAAAGACCAAGACCAACGGAGCCGGAACCUUGCCCGCAAAGGAGCUGAAACAAACGAGCCCCCCGCGCGUGCUGGUCUCGGACCUCUUCCCAUCGGGCUAUCCCGUCGGAGAACUCGUCCCGUACGACAAUACCUCCCGCACCACCGACGAAGAGUCGCGGUACAACUCCCGUCUCUGGGACGAAGGCUUUCUCGACGAUUACCGCCAGGCGGCGGAAAUUCAUCGUCAGGUUCGCCAGUAUGCCCAGAAAGAGCUCAUCAAGCCCGGUGCGAGCCUCACUGUAAUUGCUGAGGGCAUUGAGGAUGGGGUUCGUGCGCUGUCGGGCUACCAGGGCCUUGAUACCGGAGACGGUUUGAAGGCCAGCAUGGGGUUCCCUACUGGGUUGAGCUUGAAUCACGUUGCGGCCCAUUGGACUCCCAAUCCGGGCCAGAAGGACGUUAUUCUGGACAAGAGCGAUGUGCUCAAAGUGGAUUUUGGAGUCCAGGUUAAUGGUCGCAUUGUUGACUCGGCUUUUACCGUCGCAUUUGACCAUACGUACGACAAUCUCCUCACGGCUGUGAAGGAGGCGACCAAUACUGGCAUUAUGCAUGCUGGCAUUGAUGCACGAAUCAGCGACAUCGGUGCCGCCGUUCAGGAGGUCAUGGAAAGCUACGAGGUUGACAUAGCCGGAAAGACCUACCCUGUGAAAGCCAUCCGAGGCCUUACCGGUCACGAUAUUCUUCGCUACCGUAUCCACGGUAACAAACAAGUUCCUUUUGUCAAGAAUAACAGUAAGGACAAAAUGGAAGAGGGCGAGGUGUUCGCCAUUGAGACUUUCGGGAGCACUGGCAGAGGACAUUUGCGCGAUGAUAUUGGCGUCUACGGCUACGGAAGAAACGAGGGUGUUUCGACUGCCAACCUGCGUCUUUCCUCCGCAAAGUCUCUCCUCAAAACCAUCGACGACAAUUUCGGAACCUUGGUUUUCUGUCGUCGGUACCUUGAACGUCUCGGGGUGAAACAUUAUCAUCUGGGGAUGAAAAAUUUGAUCGACAACGGAAUCGUCGAGUACUAUGAGCCUCUUAUUGACGUGAAGGGUUCAUACACGGCCCAAUUCGAACACACGAUUCUCCUCCACAGUGGUGGAAAGGAAGUCAUCAGUCGUGGCGACGACUACUAGGCAACAUUGCCAUUGGACCUCGUCCACGUGUUAUUCGUUUUAUUCACCCAAGUCCCUCUUUUACCUUUGAUAAUCCAUAUUAUGGUUGAUUUAUUUGGCUCGUCUUUGAUGCCGCCAAGUCCAAUCGCUACUGACCCCAUAUUUCCAGUCUUGGAAAGCUCGUCAAAGUGAAGCACGGUUGCACUUUUCAUUCUGAAGCUGUCAUCGACAGAAUUGAAAUCUGGCAAUUGCCCUUCACAGCUGGUUGAAAAUCCUGUCUUCAAUCAGAUAGGAGUAUUCUACCAUAGUAUUUUCGCUCGAGCACCUUCCUAGAUAGGAAACAUGGUUCCAUAAAAACCAAAUCAAUCCCAAGCAUCCAGUAGAAUAGUCUUUCCCUCAACCCGAGAGGACCAAAACCAUCCCCCGAGAAAUAUUACUCAAACCGAAGCACUACUAACUUACCUAAACAAU